CACGUUCUCAUGAGGAAGAAGACGGACAUGAAUGACCGACGGGAGCUCGCAGAGUCGAACUUGUUUCUCCAAAUGGCGAGCGUGUGAAACACAGGUGAUGGGCAUGUUGGAUAUGGCGAAGCAGUGGAGGUCGGAGAGGGAGGGAGAGAGCGCAUUGGGGUGAGGACUUAUACCAGGUGGUCUCCCGAGUGUCACACUUUGCGAAACGUUUCUUUGGCUCGGUAGACUGAGCGCUAUGGGUCGAUUUUCCGUCUCGGUACUUGCGGUUUCGUUUGCUUCUCGGGUUACCGGCGCUCCAGCUCCCGUACCUGAUUCCAGUCCAUUCCGGAGGGACGAUGUGAUCUAUGCCACCGUGCCGACCACCACAAGGACCACAGCACGUCCCAGUACCGAGAGUCCGCAGGCGUUCGCGUUGGACGGCAUUACCUGGCCGUCAUGGUGUCGGGAAUCUUCAAGCAGAGGUGACUGGGAGAGCGAGAGAGCGGGAUUCACCUCCACUUCCGUGGGACAGAUACAGAGUCAAUCGGAGUCGAGUUUGGCGACCUGCUCGGUCAGUCCUUUUCCAAUGUUCUUUGGAAUUUCAGUAGUCUCAACCACACACUGCAAUGGUUACCUUCCACGGCUCGCUCCUGCCAAAGGACGCCUGCCAGCUCCUUCCAAUCGCCUGUCGAGGCCGAAAGCUACUCCGACAGAUAUCAGGAUCAAAACCAUUAAUCCAUCCAGCUAGCAUGUUAUUCGCAUUCAAUAUUCGCC